AUGGAGAUGAAGACAGACAGAGCUGUCCCAGAGGCUGAGCAGCACACAGGGACAGAAGAUGUUGAGGCAGAACUGAUGGCUACGGAGGUCAGAGCCAGUAUAGAGGAGAGUCUGACACAAAAUGGAGGCUUGGAAUCUGACAGAAACAAAUCAAACAGUGAGGUGGAGAUCGUCAAUGAGAAGCCAGGGUCAGAUGAGGUCAACUGUGUGAACGGAGCACCAGUGAUGACCAAUCAGAGCAUAAGGUCGUUGUGA